AUGCAUACUACCCACCUUGAGAUACCUGGCAUUGACCAUGUCGCUUUGUUAGAUGGAGGAUCGGAACCUGGACUCAAGUCCUGCUCGUACUGUAUCAGAACCAAAAAAGUUUGCAGUCUGAACCCACAGUGGGGAAAAACUCGAUCAAGGUCUCGAGUUAGUGAGACUGGGUCAAGCAUCACCAGCACCUCCGAUAGUUCUCAGAGCAAGAGGAAGCGCAAUGAGUCUCCCGCUACGACUACUGCCCCUUCACUCAACGCAAAGUAUUGCGACAUGACGGCAGCGAAUAUGCUGCAGAUGAUUCAGGACUCUACACCAGGCCAAGGUUUAUCUUGGAACAACCCCUUCACCAACACAGACAUCCCUUCCUUUCUCUCCAUGGACCCAACCCUCGACGCUCAAAGCCUUGCAAUGAGCUUCUCCAGUCCAGAGAGUGCUUCGCAGACAAUAGCGCAGGAGGGUAUUGAUGAAUCGCUGCCUGAACUUACAAAGCAAACUUCACAUGCAGCAACGGACUCGCUUGACAACGCGACAUCUUAUUCAGGCUCACAAGACUUUGACAUUAAUAACCUCUGGGAUUUGGACUUUUCGGACAUCAACUCUGCACCUCUGGACACGCUUUCAUCAGUGGAAUCUCCAGCCUAUGGACAAAAGGCUGUUCAGGUGAAGCGCAGAGCCCGUUUGCCUUCCAAUGACUGGUCUGGAUAUCCCAACUUCUCCCCGUCGCCAUUCACCAGCGACUCUCUUAUCAUGCAAACCUCCAAUCGAUUUAUGAUCACCGAGAGUCUUCUUCAGAUAUAUCACGAUGUCCUUGAAAAUAACCUCGCCUGCUGGCUAGCUGAAGAGAACUGCCCUUACAAGUUGCAAGUUGUCGCUCGUGGUAGUCCAGCACCAGAACCCAAGCUAGGUGCAACCCCAGGACCUUCCCGACAGAACCCGAAUCUUCCGCCAGAAUGGGGCGCUGCCUGGUCGAAUAGGAUGUACCGUCGCGUCGUGGAAUUAGAUCGAGCCUCUCAGUCAGCGAGAUUGAUUAAUCUUACACGAUCCGAGAGCCAAGCAACAUCCAGAGUACUAGAUCUCGUCAUAAUGGCCUUCACAACACAAUGGGCACAGGGCAACCGUCGACAAGAAAGAUUCAGCGACUUUGCCACUGAAGCAGAUGACCUAGCCGACGCUCUCAAUCAAGAGUUUGAGGAGAGUUUGCAGCAGUCAGUAUGGGAACAAGCAAAGAGGGCACUUCAAGACGUUGUUGAUGUCGAGUCUUACCGCGUCAUAUACGCUGAACUCAUCUUUGGUCUGACGCAGAAGCCUUGGGCCAGUGACGAGUACCAACAAAAGUCUUUUGGAUCCAAAAAAGGAAAAAGUGGCAAAGGUAUCAAAGAGAACGCGAUGCCAGAGAUCAUUGAGAUCAUGUCGCAAGAAGGGCCCCAUAUCUACCUAGAGCGAGCAACGAGGAAGAUUCAUGCACUAAAGUUCAGAUUUGAAGCCAGUGAAUCUGGAUUCACGGAGACUAGCAAGAAAUAUGCUCCUCGAAGAUUGACAGAGGAGAACAGGCGGACCAUCGGGUUACUUUACUGGCUCGCCGUCAUGUUCGAUACAGUCUCUUCAUCAAUGAAUGAACGACCGGUGGCACUAGCUGAUGAAGACUGUCAACACGAAGAUGCAGAGCAAAUACUCGCAGACAGUAUGCGAGCAGCUCAGAAGAGCCGAAGAGGGAGUCAGCGAUGGGAAAUGGAAUUAUUCAUACAAGAUGAUGCGGCCAAGCCAACAGUUGGAACACGGUGGCCGUGCUCAUAUGACGAUGCCAUGCAAAUGGUUGCCAAGUCAGCACCCGUCAAGAUCCUGAUCUAUCGACACUUGUCAUACCUUCAAAAUGCUUUACGGAAACGAGAGUGUCCCCAGGCAAUCGAGGAGAUCAUCCAACAAACUACCCUCCUGUACCGGUACUGGAACAUGACGCACGGUGCCUUCUUCCGAGAUCUCAUCAGGCAUUACGAUACAGUCCCACCACGAAUUAGAAGCUGGUUCUUCUGCAUCGCAGUACCAUGGCAUCUCGGCGCCCUAAUGCUCGCAGACGUCCUUGAAUUCAUCGACAAAAACAACUACGGCCUUGACCAAGCGCGUCAAAAGCGACUUAGCGGCAACGUCGCAGCACGAAUCCGCAAAGCAAGCGCCAUAGAGCUCGCAGACCUUGCACAAGUCACAACGCCGCGCCUAUUCCAAGAAGCUGGUAUAAACGCCGCGCAACUCCCAGAUUACCAUUUUGCCGUUAGUGAGGGACCACUAUUGACAGAACCUUGGACUGUUAUCCUUAUUAGAGGUUUUACGAAAGCGUGUUUGUUUCAUUUGGACAUGGCGGAUGAUUUUCAGCAGCAUGAGGGGGAUUUAUUGGGGCAUGAUGAUAGCGAGGAUUUUCAGGAUAGCUUGAGGAGGGCGGAGUAUUGUAUCAGGGCGCUUUGGUGUCUGGGGAAGAAAUCGGAGAUGUCGAGGAAUAUUACCAAGGUGUUGGUAGGGGCCUUGCAGGAGCUGCAGAUAUAA